AUGUCGGAUUAUGAUUCUGACAUAGAAUUUGAAUAGUGUUUUUAAGAUGAUGGGGUAAAUUAAAUUCUAUUGAUUCUAGCUAUCUAAUUGGAUUAGAAAUUGUUAUAUAAAAAAUUAUAAUGUAGACAAAAUUCUCUGUAGAUUAAAUUAAGAAAAAUAAUUAGAAAAGAAAUUGGAAUAUCUUCAUCCAAAUCAUCAAUAAUUCGAUUCUUAUUAUUAUUUGAUUAAAUAAUUAAACUAAUACAUCAGAUAAUAACAAAAUAUCGAUCUAUACUUAGAAUUAUUAAUAAAAUCUCAGAGUUUUUAAAAUGAAAUUUUAGAGAGAUGUCAUCUAAUAAUAACAUAAAUAAAUUCAAUAAAUAAUAUAUAGAAAAAAAUUGAAGAGCUAUUUCAAAUAUUUUAUUUCUUGAAAGAUAUUGAUAUGAAUAUCUUAAAGUAAUCAAAUAUUUCUUUAAUAUUCUCUUUAUGUAGGAUUAUUAAAAUGGAUUACCCUGAAAAUGAAUUCAAAUCACUCAUUGAUUAAUUCAAUAAUUUUCUUAGGCUAAUAUAAGCAAGUGCUAAAAAGUUUUAAUAUAAAAAUACUCCUGUCUAUCCAAUAUCUUUAGAAUUUAUAUAAUUUAAACGUGAAAAUAAAUAAAUCUUUGGAGAACUUCAAGAAUUAGAUACAAAAGAGAAAUCUCUACUAAUAUACUUAGAUUAACAUUUUAAUAUUUUAAGAGAAGACUUUAUAUAUAUUAUGAGAAAAUCAAUAAGUUAUUUUUCUGAAACAGGAUUUUAUAACUAUAUUAAAAGUGAAUACCUUAAUAAUAUAGGUUUAUAUUAAAAUAUAAAUUUAAUAUCAUUUGAAAUGAACAAUUAUGAUUUAUUAUGGAAAAUAUCUUUAGAAUAAUUUAAUUUAGAUGGACGAAAAUAUCAAGUUAUUGAUUGGAAUAGAUCAAAAAAAUUAAGUAGAGGUUCUCUGAUUUGUAUAACUAAUGUUGAAUGUCAUCCUUUACUUUUUGGUGUAAUUACUUAAAGAAGUACUAAUUAAGAUAACUAUUAGAAUUAAAAUAAAAUUAAUUUAGAAUUUCGAUUUCUGAAUCCAAAAUCAUAAAUAAUGGAGUUCUUAAUGUUAUUAAAUUAAAACUCAAUUUUAAUUGAAUAUUAAACUUAAAUUGAGCCAUAUAUUUAUUUUUUAGAAUAAUUAAAAAAAAUAGAAAAAUUACCAUUUGAGAAUUUAAUUCUCAAAAAUUAGAAUAAAGUACUUCAUCCAAAAUAUCUUCAAUAAAAUUCAUUAUAUUAAAUAGAUUUAUCAGAAUAAAAUACAUAUUAUCGGCAAAAAAUUGAUGUGUUAAACGAAAGUUGGCCUGUUAUGGAAUCAACUUUGGAUAAUUCAUAAUUAAAAGCUAUAAAAUUAAUUCUUUCAAAAGAAGUAGCUUUAAUUAAAGGACCUCCAGGAACUGGGAAAACUUAUUGUGGUGUUUUAGCUGUUAAAAUUUUAUGUGAAAAUUUAAUCCAAAAUAAUUUUCCUAUUUUGAUAGUUUGUUAGACAAAUCAUGCUUUAGAGAAAUUUCUAAAGAGCCUUAUUUAAUUUGUUUCAUCCAGAGAAAUAGCUUUACUUGGAGCAUUUCCUAAAUCUGCUGCCCUUAAAGAUAUCCAUUUUUAAUAAAGAUUAGAAAUUCAAUUUAAUUGGAAUUAGUUCAAAGAACUCAAAAAUUAAAUAAGAAUAAUUUUCAAUAGAUUAAGUUAAUAUGAUUAUUUUAUCAAUGCGAAUGAUAUUAAAGAAUUCUGGCCUGAAUUAAGUCAUAAAUUAAUUCAUAAUUUUAUGGAUGAUAAUAAUUUGGAUAAAUCAUAAAUUGAUGUAAAUUACAUCUUAAAUUGUUGGCUUGAUGGAAAACUUCCAAACUGUUCGAGGUUUUAUGAUUAGGUAGAACUAAGAGGAAUGUAUAAAUAUUUUAAGAAAUUUGAAAUAACUGAAUAAGUUCAUACAAAUAAUAUUUUUGAAAAAGUUUAUGAAUCGUAUGAUGAUGAUUAUUACAGUGAUGAAUAAGAUGAAGAUUUAGAUAGUUUAGAUAGUUUAGAUAGUUUAGAUAGUUUUGAUAGUUUUAUAGAUUUUGAAGAUGAAUAUUAAGAAGAUGAAUUUGAUUUUCAAUAGGAAGAUGAAAUUAAAAUUAACUACAAUAAAUUACAAUUACAUUAUAAUUUUUAUGGAAUUGAAGAGAUUUAGAAACACAUAUAAAAAUAAACAUUUAAUCCUUGGGAACUUAAUUAUUAUGAUAUAUAGGAAAUAAUUUAAUAUUUGGAGUUUCUCAAAUAUAAGAAAGAUUGUUUAUUGUUUGAAGAUAAAUAUAAAUAAUUUAAGGAAAUGUCCCAAACAUUAAAAAAUCUUUACGAUGAUGAAGAAAUUAAAAAAUUGAAUCAAUACAAGAUUAUUGGAGUAACAGUAUCUAGUGCAGCAAGACAUUUAUCAAAAUUAUAAUAACUAAAUUCAAAAGUUUUAGUAAUAGAAGAAGCUGCAAAAGUGUUAGAAUCCCAAAUUGCAUGUAUUUUGAUGAAAAAUUUAUAACAUCUUAUUUUAAUAGGAGAUCAUAAUUAAUUAGGCCCUGAAUUAAAAUGUUAUGAUUUAAAAACUAAAUAUAAUGGAAAUAUUUCAUUAUUUGAAAGAUUUUAUAAUAAUAAGAUUCCAUAAGUAGAAUUAACUUUUUAAAGAAGAAUGAAAACUAAAUUUGCUGAUUUUAUUAGACUUAUCUAUGGAAAACAAUAUUAAGAUCAUACUUAUGUUGAAGAAAAUAGAAAUAAUUUAGAUAUUAUAGGUUUAGAACAUGAUUUAUUGUUUUUUAAUCAUUCUUGGUUAGAAAGUUAAGAUAAGAAAUCAAAAGAAAAUAUUGAAGAGGCUAAAAUGAUAUUGUAAAUGGUUUAAUACCUGGUAAAAGUUGGAUAUAAAUAGUAAUAAAUUAGUGUUCUAUCAUUAUAUUCAAGGCAAGUUAAUAUUUUGUAGAAAUAUUUUAUAAAAUAAUCAUUAAACCAAGUGAUUGUAUAGACUGUUGAUAAUUAUUAAGGGGAAGAAAAUGAUAUUGUGAUUAUUUCAUUAGUUAGAAAUAAUUAAUAUAAUUAAAAUCAACUUGGAUUUUUAGGAGAUUAGAAAAGAAUUAAUGUUGCUUUAUCAAGAGCAAAAAUAGGUCUUUAUGUAUUUGGUAGCUUUGAUUUCAUUAAAGAAGUCUCAAGUAAUGGUUCUUUGUGGUAAAAAAUACUUUUUUUGGCAGGAAGUAAGAAAUGUUUAAAAGAUUCUAUAACUUUAAAAUGUUUGACUCAUUCUACAUUAAGAAAUGUUAAAUAACCAAAUGACUGGUCUAAAUUUGAUGCAGGAUGUUGUGAUAAGAUUUGCAAUUUAAAAUUUGAAGGAUGUAAUCACAAAUGCCAAAAAAAAUGCCAUUUAGGAGAUCAUUAUCGAGAUUAAUGUCCAGAAUAAUGUCAAUAAACAUUAAAAUGCGGUCAUGCUUGUGAAUAAAAGUGUAGAGACCAAUGUAUCUGCACUAAACAGCUUGAAAUAUUACUUGAUUGUAACCACAUGGCUUUUAUAGCUUGUGGUAAGAAUCCUGCAGAAGUAGUUUGUUAAGAGGAUAUAAAAUUAACAUUAAAAGAAUGUUAACACAUAGUUAAUUACAAGUGUUUUUAAAGGAAAAAUAUUUCGCUUAAAUGUCAAUAUCAAUGUGAAAAAGUUCUAAAUUGUGGUCAUAAUUGUAAAAGGUUAUGCUGGGAGAUUUGUUACAGUAGGAAAGGAAUUGAUGAAUGUUUCUCGAAUUAUUUUAAAGUAUUCAUUUUUUUUAUAUUCUAUAGCAUCAUAAGAAGAAUUCAUUAGAACUAAAAAAUAAAAAUCGAGAUCUCUUUUUCUGCCUUGUAAAGAAAAAUGCAUAAAACUUAAAAAUUGUGGGCAUAAAUGUUAAAAUAUGUGUUAUGAGCGAUGCACUCCUUGUAAAGAAAAAUGCUUAAAAAUAAAAAAUUGUGGGCAUAAAUGUAAAAAUUUGUGUUUUGAACAAUGCACUCCUUGUAAAGAAAAAUGCUUAAAAGUUUAAAAUUGUGGGCAUAAAUGUUAAAAUUUGUGUUAUGAACGAUGCUCCCCUUGUAAAGAACGAUGUAUAAAAAUUAAAUAUUGUGGGCAUAAAUGUUAAAGUUUAUGUUAUGAACGAUGCUCUCCUUGUUAAUAAUAGAUUCCUAUCCAACUUUAUUGUGGAUAGCAUUAUAUUUAUAAAAAUUGCUUUGAAAUUCAAAUUUUUUUAAUUUUAAUUAAAAAUAUAACUCCUUAUUUUCUUAAAUCUAGAAUUGGUUAAAAUUACUUAAAUCAUUUAUUUAGAAAAUUAGCUGAAGGUUGUAGAGAUUAUCUUUAAAUUUUUGAAUAAAAAUAUGAAUUUAUUUGUAGAUCUCCUUGUUAAAAACCAAGAGAAUGUGGACACAUUUUUUAAUGCAAGAAUUUAUGUUCUUAAGAAUGCACUCCAUGUGAGUAGAGGAUUUCAAGAAUUUUAGAUUGUGGUCAUCAAUAUGAAGUUGUAUGCAAUAAUUUAAAUAAUUUCUUAAGAACCUUCAAAUGUAAAAAAAAAUGCAUAAGAUAGUACUAAUGUGGGCAUAACUAAAAAUGUAAGUAGUUAUGUUUUGAAUAAUGUACACCAUGUCAAGAAACAGUUAUAAAAUAAUUUAAUUGUGGACAUUCAGUAAGAACAUAAUGUUUUAAAAAUUAUAUUUGUAGAAAAUAAUGUAUAAGAAAAAGAGAAUGUGGUCAUUAAAAUCCUUGUCUUAAUAGGUGUGAUUAAGAAUGUUCUCCUUGCUAAAUUAUAGUUAAAAAAACUUUGGCUUGUGGACACUAGGUUAUGACUAAAUGUUCUUCUACAGAUUUGCAAUGUUAAAAGUAAUGUUAGAGAUAAAGACCAUGUGGACAUACUUAUCCUUGCUAUAAUUAUUGUUAUCAAUCUUGCAGUCCUUGUUCAUAGUAAAUUCUUAUUACUCUAUCUUGUGGUCAUUAGAUAUAUAUUGAAUG